AUGCAUCUUUCGUUUGUAUUUGUGAAUCUUCUAUUAUGUGUGAUGAGUGUUUCUUGUGUACAACCGAAACGUAUAGCUGAUCAAAUGUAUGUGUCAUUUGAUCGUGCACGUUCCUGUGUUCGUCGCCUUAAUGGCACACAUGAAAUUGGUUGUCAAUCGUCUACGAGUGGAAAUUCUGGACGAAUGUAUAUGAUUGAUAAUGAUCAAGAAUUUAAUUCCUAUAUUACGGAUACUAAACUAAUCGAUUCCUAUAGAUCAUUUAUUGUUGCGCUCAAUGUUAAUUUAUUCACCGCCUCUUAUGUUGAUAAACUGAUGACUUCACUUGGUUCAAAACUCAAUGGUCUUCUACUUUAUUUAAAAUCAAGUUCAUCUCGUCCUGAUUAUUUUUCACAGGAUGAUCAGUCUCCUAACCAUCGUUAUUCAUAUUAUUUAAAUCAAACGCAAGUUGUGAAUUGGAAUCCACAAGGAACUGGCUUAUUUUUUCGUUCAUUUCCAUUUCCAAUGAUGUUCAUUGACGAACAAGAAGAUUAUGAGCGAUUAGUAAAAUUCUAUCGACAAUUUAAUAUUAGCCAAUCGACACCAACAUGUGGUCUCGAAUUAAACACAUUUCAAAACGCAGCACAUACAUCGAAAACAUGUAUGCGCAGGAAUGGUAUAUCGCAUUCAUUCAUUGAUUCUGCAGAAACAAUGUGUGAUCCUGUUGGUGGCCGUAAUAUCUACAGUAAAUUGCCACAAUCAUUGACAAUCGCACCAAAACUACGUCAACCGAAAUCAGUAAUUCUUAUUUUAGCCGCUACGGAUAGUUUUCAAAUGUUUUUAAAAGCAAAAGGUACGACAGGCGGUGCUCAACAACCAGCUACAGCACUUAUAAUAUUUCUUUCACUUGCACAUCUUAUUGGACAAGAACAAAAUGAAUUCAAUCAACAAGACAAAGAAAUUAUAUUCGUGACACUUGACGGUGAUGCACUCGAUUAUUCUGCUUCGUUUAAAUUUUUGUUUGAUAUGAAAAAUGGAAAUUUUCCAACGGGUAAUCGAAAUGAAGACCCUAUUCGUUCUGAACAUAUUCAUUCUAUUAUUGAAUUUCAAUCAUUAAGUUUAACUGAUAAACUUUCACUUUAUGCAUAUCCAUCAGCACUUGUUAAUCAAACAUUUAUCGAUACACUUAAGCAAAAUAAUCCAAUGAUUGUUUCAGCGAUGCCUGAUUCUCCACUUCCGCCAGCAUCUUCACAAAUCUUUCUUCGUGAAACAUCUUCAUCAUCGUUUCCUGCUUAUAUACUUACAUCAAAUCAUGAAAACGAAUUAUCAAAUCAUUAUUAUCAUUCAUUCUUUGACGAUCCUUCAACGUUAGCAAUCAAUAUUUCUUCGUUAGAAUAUAACAGUACGACUGAAUUUAGUCAAUGGGUCAAACGUGUUGUUGAACCCUUUGCUCAAACGCUGAUCGAGUUCUUUGUAGGUUCGACAAUGAAUGUAACUAUUAAACAAGAAAUUAUUAAUAAUCUUGUUUAUUGUGUUUUGAAAAAUAUUAAUUGUCCUCUCAUUCACAAUGUAACAAAUCAAACAACUGGAAAUGGAUUCGAUCCAUUCAAUGAAACAUCAUUACCAUUUUCAAUCAAUACUGAUCCAAUAUCAUCAACAGUAACAUUUCCUUUCGUACAAAAUAUACUCAGCUAUUUGUUACGCGAUCGCAUGCUUGAUACAAUGAAUCUAACCGAGAAAGCAUGUGAACAACUCUCAAAAAAUGAUACUUUCCGUUCGUACACAUAUGUUGGCGGAUAUACACCGUCUAUCAUGUCUGACGCAUUCUUUUCUGGAUACUGUGUACGAUCAUAUUCACGAUCUGUAUCAUCGAUGUCACCAGCAUUUGUUAUUGAUAAUUAUGAUUUAUCACAAACAACUUAUCCAGUAUGGACUGAAAGUCGAUGGUCAACUAUUAGCUUGCGAUUAUUUAUUAUUCCAACAAGAAAACAUGAAAUAGUUACGCUUGUUGUUGGUAUUUUACUACUUUUAACUUCAUUUAUUGUCUGUUUAAUCUUACGUUAUUAUACAAAGAUUAGUCUUUUGCAACCUUCAUCAUCAUAA